UUCACCCUCUGAAAUGCGUUCUGUUUUCAACAUAAAAAUCCACACCCAACUCUAUUAUUCUUCUUAUAAAUUUAUAUCAAGUCUAGCUGCAAUUGAAAACCCAUCCAUUUACAGAGUAGAAAAUGAUGACAAAAAUCCCACUUUUUUUAAUACUUCUAACUUUUUCAUUGAUUACAAAAGAUUGAGGCAGUACACUAUCAAAAGUACCAAACUUUUACAUACCCAUUUGCUAAAAACAUCAAAACUUCAAUCCAAUAUCUUUGUUGCAAAUUCUUUGCUUGAUGGGUACUGCAGAUGUGGUUCUAUGGAGGAAGCAAUCAAGUUGUUUGAUCAAAUGUCUGAACCAAACAUAAUUUCAUGGAAUACUAUGAUUUCUGGUUAUAAUUACAACUAUCUGUUAGAGGGUUCUUGGGUAUGGUUUCUUAAAAUGCGGUUUUCGGGUUUUGAACCUGAUGAGAUUACUUAUAGGAGUGUGCUUUCAGCUUGUGUUGCUAUGAGAAGUACUAGCUUUGGCAAGCAGCUUUACUCAGUUACAAUGAAAAAUGGGUUCUUUUCAAAUGGAUAUGUACGUACUGGAAUGAUUGAUUUGUUUGCAAAAUGUUGUGUCUUUGAGGAUGCUCUGAGGGUGUUUUAUGAUGUUUCAUGUUGUGAGAAUGUGGUUUGUUGGAAUGCUAUUAUAUCUGGAGCUGUUAGGAGUGAAGAAAAUUGGGUUGCUUUGGAUCUUUUUGUUCAAAUGAGAAAACAGUUUUUGAUGCCAAACAGUUUUACUUUCUCAAGUGUUUUGUCUGCUUGUGCUGCACUCAAAGAGCUUGAGAUUGGAAAAGAGGUUCAGGGGUGGAUCAUUAAAUGUGGUGUGGUAGAUGUCUUUGUGGGAACUGCCUUGACUGACUUGUAUGUCAAGUGUGGAGACAUGGAAGAAGCUGUGAAUAUGUUUUCAUGGAUGCCUACACGAGAUGUGGUUUCUUGGACUGCUAUCAUUUCUGGAUUUGUGCAGAAGGAUGAUUUGCUCAAUGCCCUUGAAUUUUUUAAAGAAAUGAGAUAUAUGAAAGUGGAAAUAAACAACUAUACUGCUACCAGUUUAAUUUCUGCUUGUGCUAAACCAGACAUGAUUGAAGAGGCAAAACAAAUCCAUUCGUGGAUUAUUAAGAGUGGAUUUUAUAUGGAUUCGGUGAUACAAGCUGCUUUGGUAAACAUGUACUCAAAAAUAGGUAUAAUUGGUUUGGCUGAAAUCGUCUUUAAGGAGAUGGAAAGUAUAAGGAGCCCAAAUACAUGGGCUGUGUUGAUUUCUUCUUUUGCUCGAAAGCAAAGUUUUCAACGGGUAAUUGAAUUGUUACGGACAAUGUUAAAAAAGGGUCUGAGACCAGAUAGGUUUUGUACUUCUAGUGUCUUUAGUGUGAUAGAAUGCAUAAACCUAGGGAGGCAGAUGCACUGUUACACUCUUAAAACUGGGUUGAUCUUUUAUCUUUCUGUUGAGAGUUCCCUUUUUACAAUGUACUCAAAAUGUGGUAGUUUAGAGGACUCUUUAAAAGUAUUUCAGAAUAUUCCUGUCCGUGACAAUGUUUCAUGUGCUUCAAUGAUUGCUGGGUUUACAGAACAUGGCUAUGCAGAACAAGCUGUUCAACUCUUUAGAGAGAUGUUAUCUGAAGAAACCAAACCUGAUCAAAUGACUCUAGCGGCAACUCUUUCUGCUUGUUCUUCUCUUCAUUGUUUGCAUAAAGGCAAGGAAAUUCAUGGUUAUGCAAUUCGUGCAGGGUUUGGGAAUGAAACACUUAUAUGUGGUGCAGUUAUAACUUUAUACUCUAAAUGUAGCGCACUAGGAUUAGCAAGAAGGGUAUUUGACAUGCUUGUCCAAAAAGAUCUUGUAUCAUACUCUUCUUUGAUUACUGGGUAUGCACAAACUGGUUUAAUUGAAGAGGCAAUGUUGCUUUUUUGUGCAAUGAUGAAGUCUAAUUUGGCAGUAAACUCUUACACACUUUCAUCCAUUCUUGGUGCUAGUGCACUUUCAAACAAAUCAGGUGUUGGGACUCAACUGCAUGCUCUUGUUAUAAAAUUGGGUUUAGAUUCAGAAGUUUCUGUUGGAAGUUCACUUGUUACAAUGUAUUCUAAAUGUGGGAGCAUUAGAGAUUCCGAAAAAGCAUUUGAUGAGAUUGAUAAACCAGAUUUGAUAGGUUGGACAGCUAUGAUCUCAAGCUAUGCUGAGCAUGGAAAAGGUGUAGAGGCCUUAAGAGCCUAUGAGCUCAUGAGGAAAGAAGAAAUCAACCCUGACCGAGUAACUUUUGUUGGGAUAUUAUCUGCCUGUAGUCAUAAUGGGCUGAUCGAAGAAGGCUACUACUACCUCAACUCAAUGGCUAAAGAAUAUGGAAUUCAGCCUGGUUACCACCACUAUGCCUGUAUGGUUGAUAUUCUUGGUCGGUUGGGGAAAUUGAGAGAGGCUGAAAAGUUUAUAAACAAUAUGCCUAUUGAACCUAAUGCUUUCAUUUGGGGAACACUACUUUCUGCAUGUAAAGUACAUGGAGAUGUUGAACUUGGAAGGCUAGCAGCAAAAAAGAUUAUAGAGUUAGAGCCAUGCCAUUCGGGACCUUAUGUCUCUUUAUCAAAUAUCUGUGCGGACAUAGGUCAGUGGGAAGGAGUCCUGGAGAUUAGAAGCCUGAUGAAUGGAACUGGGGUGAGGAAGGAACCUGGUUGGAGUUCUGUGUGAAAUUCAAUUAUUCCUUGAUUUGUGAGUCUGAUUUGAUCUUUGGCUUCAGUUACCCUGUGCGACAGUGGUUGUUUUCUUAUAAGUCAGGCAGCUUUGAGCCUAAUCAGCAGCCCAAUAUAUUGUAGUUCCUCGUCAUUGAUAUAUGCAGUGGAGAAUAAUUGAGGUUUACACAAGGAAAGACAUUUGUAAAUUGAUGAAUGCUAACACUCGACUUGUAUUGAGAUGUAGUUUGGCUCAAACAAAUUUGUUGCGUUUCUUCAUUCUCCCAAAGGUGAAGCUACUCGCUACAUUUACAUGGAGAAGUCAGUUGGCUUGACCAUAUUUGAUUACUUUCUAUGUUAUUCACAUGUGGUAAUCCUAAUAUUGGAUUUGCAUGAAGAGCCAGUUUCUGGGAAUCCUCCUAUGGAAUGGAUAUGCAGGAGGUGCCUAGUUAUAGACAUCAAUUACUCAAAGUUGUAAAACUUGUCAAAUUAUUCCGGUCCACAAGUGAAAUUAAAUGGGCAAUAUUUUAUCCUGAUAAUGCCAUGUUGAUGAUAGCUUUUGAUUCCAACCAUCAGUCUUAAAGGGGCUUGGAGUGUUGAAACUAAGGAGGAAAAGCUGCAAAGAAUAUGCUAAGCUGCUGGGAGCCAAAUUAUCUUCAAAUGCAAAAGUGGUUAUACUCUAUUUAGCUAACUUAAAUGAAUCUAUAUAUAUAUAUAUGUGUGUGUGUGUAGUUACACCUGUCCGGUGGUGCCUGCAGGACCAUGUUUUUGCAUGUCUGGCAUAGGUUAGUUCAUGAUGUUCAUAAAUGUCUUGCAAUCUGUGAUUGCUUGCAGACAAUUUUAUUGUCACUCAAGCGAAUCAGAUCAACAUUAAACAAA